AUGAGUCAGUCUCUGAUGCUUCCCUUUCCUCCGACCUCCGUUUCGCCGGCCAUGUCGUUGAAACUCAAUAUCCUUUUCCCAACUUUUGCGCCAACUCUAUCCCCAACUCCGAACCAAAGAGGGCCCAGCGAGAUUCGAUUCUCAAGGUGGGGCAACGCUAAUGCCGAGCAAUUCGAGCAGCGUCGCCGGAACCAAGAGGAGCUCGAGGCGGAGAUCCGUCGCGACCGCCGUUUCGACGCCGCCACUAAUAUCGUCCAUACCCACGAUUCCGCCGCUGCAGCUUCUGAGCCCAAAACGUCGCCUUUUAGGUCCAGAGGCACUCCUUCACUUCCCUCAGCUCGAUCGAUCCCGGGUCGGAGAUCCAAAUACUCCAAACCCGAUUCAGGACCCAACAAACCGAAGAACAAACCUAAAGUUCCCGAUUCGCCGCCGCAAUUAGACGCAAAGGCGGAGGUGAAGCUAAGCGAAGACGGAUUAACUUACGUCAUCGACGGAGCUCCUUUCGAAUUCAAAUACAGCUACACGGAGACACCUAAAGUCAAGCCAUUGAAGCUCCGUGAGCCUGCUUACGCUCCUUUCGGUCCCACGACGAUGGGAAGGCCAUGGACUGGCCGUGCUCCGCUUCCUCAGUCGCAGAAAACUCCGAGGGAAUUCGAUUCUUUCCGAUUGCCGCCGGCGGGAAAGAAAGGAGUGAAACCGAUUCAGAAACCGGGUCCAUUUCGACCCGGUGUUGGUCCAAGGUAUGUUUACACUAAAGAGGAGAUUUUGGGAGAGCCAUUGACGAAGGAAGAGAUCAGAGAGCUGAUCACUUCAUGCUUAAAGACAACAAGGCAAUUGAAUAUGGGCAGAGAUGGUUUGACACAUAACAUGUUGAAUAACAUUCAUGAUUUGUGGAAGCGAAGAAGGGUCUGCAAGAUCAAAUGCAAAGGAGUUUGUACAGUCGACAUGGAUAAUGUUUGCGAGCAAUUAGAGGAGAAAAUUGGUGGGAAAGUGAUAUACAGAAGAGGAGGUGUACUAUUCCUUUUCCGUGGCAGAAACUAUAACCACAGGACAAGACCACGCUUCCCUCUUAUGCUGUGGAAGCCUGUAGCUCCUGUUUACCCAAGGCUCAUUCAACAAAUCCCCGAAGGUUUAUCUCUUAAGGAAGCUACUGAGAUGCGGAGAAAAGGACGAGAGCUCAUGCCUAUAUGCAAGCUAGGGAAGAAUGGUGUGUAUUGUGACCUUGUGAAAAAUGUGAAAGAAGCAUUUGAAGUUUGUGAAUUGGUUCGGAUCGACUGUCAAGGGAUGAAAGGAAGUGAUUUCAGGAAAAUCGGCGCCAAACUCAAGGAGCUUGUUCCAUGCGUGCUCAUAUCUUUUGAGAACGAGCAGAUUCUUGUCUGGAGAGGACGAGAAUGGGAAUCGUCUCUCACACUUCCAGAUAACAAAGAUGACAUACUCGGAGAUAUCGAAGUUGAUACUGCCUUGCCAGAAGAUGAUGAUGAUGAUGAAGAAGAAGAAGCAUCAGUGUCACCAAAUCAGACCCAAGUUGCGACCCCGAACUCUGCUUUUGGUUCAAUGGAAUUGCAAAAUGAUCCAAAUGGUAGUGAUGAUCUGAGCCACUCAUCAACUGCAGAUUUCUUGGCAAUGGAAGGAGGUAUGAGCACUGCUUUACAGAGCUCGUCUACAGAAGAUGUAACCGAGCUAACUACAGAUAACUCUCUUGGAGAUCAUCAAGAACCUGAAACGUCGGAAGAGAUCAACAGACAAAGCUUUGAAAGAGUUCAAAAUCUGAUGAAACAAGCUGUAGAGAGCGGAAGUGCGUUUGUGUUAGACGAUACUGAUCUGGAUGCAGACACAGUCUUUGCAAAAGCUGUAGCCUUUUCGACUGUAGCUACGCCUGGACCAGCUUUCCAGCAUGGCUUGAGGAAAGAACCAACGGUUGAGAAGAAGGAAAACAGAGAGUUCGGAUACAGGAACUUGGAGGUAAAGACAAGUAAUGUUGUGGUUUCUAGGCAAAAAGAAGUUGCAGUGAGAGUGGAAAGAGACGAGAAGAAGGAGAAGGAAGGAUUGAAGAAGAAAUUAGAUGUGUUUGAUGAAGACUACAGAGAAGUGUUGCCUCAUGGAACUCUGAAAGUAGACGAACUUGCUAAACUACUUGCGUAA